AUGCCCUCAAUAACCACAGUCCACGAGUCACUCCCAUACGUCGACAAAGAGCCCACACAGUCCGAACGCGAAGCCGCAGAAGCCCUCAUCACCGCCGAGCGCGCCACCGUGCCAGACGACCCACACCACGCCCUGCUCCCGCCUCCCCUGGAGCCGACCUUCACGCCGCUGUUCCAAGCCGAGCUGGACCGCAUAGCGAGCAGCGCGGACCCGUCAAAACCAACACCCCUGGAAGCGAUCGACCUGUCGCGGUACGAGCUGCCAGACCUGCCCGAGGACCAGUCCGCCGUGACGAGGGCGGACCUCGAGCCGGCGCUGCGGCAGGCCUACGCGGCGGCGACGUACCUGUCCGCGCGGCGGCAGCACCUGGCGCUGCUGGACAGCCACGGCAAGAACGCGUGGCUGGUGGGCAACUGGCAGCUGGAGGGGGAGCUGCGGGCGCUGGAGCGCGAGGUGGCCGCCGCGCGCCGCGCCGUCGACCUCGUCACCGUGCGCCGCCAGCGGCUGCAGCGCGACGCCGGCGGCGAGAUCGCCGGCCUGGACGAGGCCUGGCGCAAGGGCGUGGGCCGCGUGCUCGAGGCUGAGGUCGCCGCCGAGGGCCUGCGGAGGGAGGUCGAUGCCGUGAGGAGGCAGAGGGCCCGGGAGGAGGAGGAGGGGUCGCAGGCGCAGGCCUGA